AUUCUGCCGUCGGUCGGCGACUAGCACGCAUAUAAAAGCAGAGCCAAGAAGCCAGUCUGGUUGCUGUUCCAAUCGCUUCCUCACCGGCGCCAAGCUCCUUUUCGAGAAGCACAGCCUAGCAAACAAGCCGCCACCACCAAGGAACCUAAAAAUGUCACUCGGCGCCGUCGCGGCCAUGCGCCUCGUCCUCGCAACCCUCCUCGGCCUGGCCGGGCUGGCGGCCGCCGCCAGCCUGCAGCAGGUGAACAGCUUCGGCACCAACCCGGCCGGCGUCAAGAUGUUCAUCUACGUGCCCGACCGCGUGGCGCAGAACCCGGCCAUCGUCGUGGCCGUCCACCACUGCCAGGGCACGGCCAGCUCCUUCUUCGGCAGCACGCCCUACCGCUCCCUGGCCGACCAGAAGGGCUUCAUCGUCAUCUACCCGCAGUCGCCCUACUCGGGCACGUGCUUCGACGUGUCGUCGCGCAAGACGCUGACCCGCAACGGCGGCGGCGACACCAACUCCAUCGCCAACAUGGUCACGUACGCCACCAGCAAGUACAACGCCGACAAGUCCAAGGUUUUCCUGGUGGGCGCUUCGUCUGGCGCCAUGAUGGCCAACGUCAUGGCCGCCACUUACCCCGACCUCUUCGCGGCCGUCAUCUCGCACUCGGGCGUGCCCGCAGGCUGCUUCAUGAGCGCGUCGGGCGCCGUCAACGCCUGGAACAGCACGUGCGCGCAGGGCCGCUCCAUCGGCACGCAGGCCAGCUGGGCCAAAGUGGCGCGCGACAUGGCCCCCGGCUACAGCGGCAGCCGCCCGCGCAUGAUGAUCAUGCACGGCGGCCGCGACACCACGCUCGCCUGGGCCAACUACGCCGAGAUGAUCAAGCAGUGGACCGGCGUCCUGGGCGUGAGCGGCACCCCGACCCAGACGACCCAGAACGCGCCCCAGCAGGGCUACACGACGUACCUGUUUGGCAACCAGGUCAAGGGCGUCGUGAACCCCAACUACGGCCAUGAGAUCCCUAUUAUCGGGUCGGAUGAUAUGGCUUGGUUUGGGCUGUAAGGAGUGGUAUCGAGGUGGGCCGAGGUGUCUUGGAGGGGGGAAGAGGGGAGGACGAGACUAGGAGGGGGUGGUCGCUUAGGAGAGUGUUUCUUGUACAUACUUGACACUGCUGCAUGUAUAUAUGCUCCGGCAUUCCCGGCUUUUCUAUGCAAAGCCUGCGCGGCGCCGCUGUCUUCGCCCCAACUUUCCGACUGCUCAACAAUGAGAUCGAAGAAGAUGGCACUUCAUGGCUGGCACCGGGUUUCGUUGAAACUGAAAGUGUGUGAUCAAAAUGCGCAACGCAAACGGAAACAAAUAUCGUGGUGGCAUCUUGGCUGUUUGG